UCUUUUCUUUUAUUCGGAAACCCUUCGUUACGUCGUGUUGCUCUACUUCUUCUGGAUGUACUACGAUAAUUAUUUGUGCAAUGUAGGCGGAAUAAGGGCACAAUUCAAGCAAUGGUGGAGAACAUCUGCACUGAACCGCUAUUCCUGCAACUACUUCCCCAUAAAAUUAGUAAAAACUACCGAUCUGAAUCCCAACAAGUUGUAUUUGUUCUGCAAUUUCCCACAUGGGAUGUUUUCAGCGGGAGUUUAUUUUGCUUUUGGUACAGAUUGCGCCGGUUACAGAGAAUUGUUCCCUGGUAUCGACAUUACAGUAGUCGCACUGGAGAAACAUUUCAGGACACCGCUCAUGCGUGAUUACUUUCGCAUCCUUAGUGCGUAAUAUUUGGAAACUUUUGCGGAAAUCAUCUUGAAAGAAAUUAUUCAUACUAAAACUACAAUUAAUUAAUUAUUACUCGCUUCAUUAAUAUGUAACAUGGAUCUAUAUGUCUUGCUAACAACGUACAACGACAAUAUAAUUUUAACAUUAGCUAUAUGUAGAAUUACGUACCACUGCUAUCACUACAAAUUAUAUUUAAACUAGCUUGUUCAAAUACAAGUCGACAGUCCAAUCCGAAAUUUAAAAACAAACAUUUUUGUUUUGACUGUGUAUUAAAUAAACUUUUAUCGUAUGGUGCUUCUGUAAUUCAUGUAAUAUGAAGUGGUAGAGCACGUUUUCACGCACACAACGUUUAAGUACUAACCUACUACAUAGCUUUUCUCCACAC